CUAAAGGCUAAUACGUUCUAUGUGCGUAAACGUAGCUCAAGGUUAGCUAGUCAGAAAUCAAAAGAGCGUGAGUCAAUUGGGAUGGAUUUCCAGAAAAACCUUCCGACGCCCAAUAUAACCAUGAGUGAUGUUUAUUAUAAACGCCAACUAACAGUCAUCAUGUUUAACCUAACAUCCAUGUGCUUUCCUCAGGUGAUUCCUGUUUUUAUGGAUGCGAUGAAACCGUAGAGGGAAAAGAAGCAGUUGAAGUGGCUUCCUUUUUAUUUGAUUUCGUAAUGUGCAAACUUGAACCUGCAGUGACAGAAAUGGAUAUUUUUUUACUUGUGUGCUGGUCAGAAUAAAAACUGGACAAUCUUCCGUAUGGCUCAUUACUUGGUGCAUCAUGUCAAAAGACUCGUCAAAGUCAAUAUGGUCUUUCCUAUUAGAGGACACUCAUACCUCAAGUGCAAUCAAAAUAUGGCAAAUGUUAACCAAAAUAAGUGGAUUGAACUUCCAAACGACUGGUUUAGUGAGUUUAUCAGCUCAAGAGCAAAACCAUCACCCUUUGUUGUCAUUGAGGUCGACAAGAGUUUAGUAUGCAGGUGGACUGAGCACUUGAGCAGCUUUAUUCAAAGAAAUGCCCUUUCAAAUCAAGGCCAAUCUAAGAAUUCGUCGUAGAAAGAAAACAUCUUCGCCUAAUGCGGUAUCGAUCAAAAUUCAAUGGACACUGGGAUGGCAAUGUCGUGAAUAAUACAGGAUCAGUAACUCGAGAAGAAGACUUGCUACCUCAGGGAGAAUUUCUACUGCCAGAUCCUGUUUACCAAGGGCCGUUACCAGUAACCUAUGACAAGUACUGUGACCUUCAAGCUCUAAAAAUAUUUUUUGGUGAAGAAGCCAAUGUUUUCUACAGCAAUAUCCCUAAAAUGGAACCAGGAGAAACAAAAAAGAGCCAGAAGAAGAAAACAGAAAAAAGGCUCCAAAACAUGGAAACAAGAAAUGAUGGUUUAAAGAAAAGAACUUAACAACCAAUUUUAUACUAUUGCAUAUUUUACGUAAGGCUAAAUAAAGUUUAAUUGAACUUUUUACUAAACAAUGCAGUUUCAUUAAAAUGAGUAUCCUGUGACCCUCCCCCUUCUUUCCUUGUAAAACUGAAACUGAGCCGUAACUUUA